AUGUGUCGUAAGUGGAGACUAGUGCUGACUGGGAUAGGCAAUCCGGAACCGCAGUACGCUGGUACGCGUCACAAUGUAGGGCUAUAUAUGUUGGAGCUGCUGCGAAAGCGGCUUGGUCUACAGGACAGAACUUACUCCCCUGUGCCUAAUACGGGUGGCAAAGUACAUUACAUAGAAGAUGAGCACUGUACGAUACUAAGAUCGGAUGGUCAGUACAUGAAUCUGAGUGGAGAACAGGUGUGCAAGGUCUGGGCCCGGUACGCCAAGUACCAAGCUCAACACGUAGUUAUUCAUGACGAAUUAAGCGUGGCAUGUGGAAAAGUGCAGUUGAGAGCCCCCAGCACCAGUAUUAGGGGCCAUAAUGGCUUACGAAGCCUGUUGAAAUGUAGUGGCGGCCGUGUACCUUUUGCCAAAUUGGCUGUCGGGAUCGGCAGAGAACCGGGGUCUCACUCUAGAGACCCUGAGAGUGUGUCCCGGUGGGUUCUGGGAGCUCUAACUCCGCAGGAACUACAAACGUUGCUUACGCAGAGUGAACCUGCUGCCUGGCGUGCCCUAACUCAGUACAUAUCAUAG